GUUGCUGCUGGCAACUGUUCCCGGAACAGCAGCCAGCCUGAGCCAGCUAAAUGCUAACUGCAGCACCCUGCUCGCUGUGAACGAGCUGCUCUGCUGUUAUAAAUAAAUCGUUUUGUUGAGGAGUGUCGACGUCUGUCUUGUUGGUGAAGAUUUGGUAUUUCAGACGUGUUUAUUCUUCCCGCGCUUCUCGAUCACUCUGUGUGUGUGUGUGUGUGUGUGUGUGUGUGUGUGUGUGUGUCAGUGUGUCACCUUGGGUCUGGUCCUCAGUUUCCCUCUGUGUGGGUGAUACUGUCCAAGUCCUCUGUAGAUGAAGAUGUCCCUGGCCCAGCGAGUGCUCCUCUCCUGGAUCUUCGCCCUGAUCUUCCUCAUCAUGCUCGUCCUCAAGCUGGACUCAAAGAUCCACUGGAACUGGUUUCUCAUCUUCCUCCCUGUUUGGACUUUUGACACCAUCCUCAUCCUCAUGCUCAUAGUGAAGAUGGCGGGGCGCUGCAAGCCGGACUUUGACCCCAGGGAUGGUGAGCAGAGCCUGAAGAGGAGGUUGUGGUACCUGGCAGCCCUGCUGCUGAAGCUGGCUUUCUGUCUGACACUGUGCUCCCGCCUGGAGAAGCUCAUCGACAUGUGGGUCAGUGUGGUGUGUGUCCCUCUUUGGGUGCUGCUGGGUGGGGCGCUGGUGGAGCUGGGACACAGUGUUUUCCACUACAGGAGGGACUGAACCAGAGGACUCUGCAAUAUAUGGUUUUGAUAUGUAAUAUAGAGGACAAAAGGCAUCUCUCAGUGGAGAUGCACUAAUCAGAUCCACUGGAUUGGUAUCAGGGCUGAUGCUGAGCUUAGUAAGUGGAUCAGGUAUUGGUCAGACAUGACCGCCCCACUUUAGAUACAGUUUCCUUGUCAAUGCCAUUAUAAAAAUCACUGCUAUAAGUUACAUGUAAAUCACAGCAGGUUGCGGACUCAGUGGUUUACAGGUUGGAGAAACGGGGGAAAAAAGAGCACUAGUAUGGGAUCAGGAUUUGGUAUCAGUAAGACCGAAUUAUCUUUUCUCAGCAAGAGCAAGGAAGAUGUUACACACAGUUUGGCACCACAUCAUAUUGUUUUGGCAUUCACAUUGCUGCCUUGUGGCUCGUCUUUAGGCUCCAGGAAUUAAUCAAAGUGUAAUGAGAUUUUAAAUGUAUAAAUAUAUAUAUAUAUAUAUAAUGGAGCUAAGCAAAGUAGGGUACACGAUGUGCCAUUGUGAUCUCAGAUCACUUAUUUUUUACACUAAAUGUCGCUCUAUUAUUCACCUUUUUAGGGGGGAAAGCACAUAAAUACAGCUACGUGUUAAUGCGGGAUCCUUGUGACACUGAAACUAGCCGUCUGUUGACAGCUUUAAAUAAUCCAGCAUGCACUGUGUGUGUGUGUAUGUGUGUGCACCACUGAGCCAUAUUAUGUUUGUGAAGUCACUGUUGAAAUGUGCGAUCACUAUUUUUGUAAAACAACUGGAAACUUCACAGCUUCCAUACGUGAUUGCACACAUGAUGUUUUACUUCUUAGCACCCGUCCCAGGAUGUCCCUCUGACACAAUUUGAAUGUAAACCUGCUCCAAUUAUAUCAAUUUUAAAAAGGUGAAAAUAUGUA